AUGAACAGCGGGCGGUGGUUAGUGCGUGAACACCGCUUUGUUUGUGCUGAUGAGCGGAUUGUGGACUGUGGCCGUAGAGAUUCGCGUGAGGAUUUGCAUACGUUGGAUGUUGACGAGGUGGCCGUCCGUCUUGUAAUUAAUGAGGGUCCCGGUGCGCUGGUCACGGUAGACAACCAUCAGCAUGCCAGAGAACCCGACACUGAAGAGGGUAACCGCAAUGACCUGCUCUAA